GGUUCGCCUGCGGGGUGACGGUUUCCGCCAUCCUUUUCACCGCUCUUCUGUUCAAGGAUUUCUUGAAGAGAAGUGCAGGUCACUUGGCUACCAAAGCUGGAUCCAUAAAGAUGCAGCUGUCCACAAUGGAACAGCAGCAGGCAGGCCCGCUCUUGAUAUUGAUACAGCACCAGUUAAGAGGACGGCAACUUCUUUGUCAGGAUAUGAUUAUGAGGUGUUCUUGAGCUUUAGAGGGCCGGAUACCCGAGCGGGCAUCACCGACUUCCUCUACACGAGCCUAGUCGGUGCAGGGAUCCGUACGUACAAAGACGACAAAGAUCUCCCACACGGGAAAGAGAUCGGCCCGGAGCUCCUCCAAGCGAUUCACCAAUCGAAGAUUUCCAUACCCAUCUUCUCGAAAGGCUAUGCCUCUAGUAGAUGGUGUCUCCAGGAGUUGGUCCACAUGGUGAAGUGCAAGAAGACUCGGGGGCAGAUCAUCAUACCUAUUUUCUAUGAUGUGGCGCCUUCGGAGGUCCGACUGAAAACCGGGGUCUACGUGGAGGCCUUGUCUUUGCACGAAAGCAAGAAGCUGUACGGCGACGAGACCAUUCGAGAGUGGAAGGCGGCUCUCAAAGAAGCCGGAAACAUAAAGGGAUACAACCUGCGUAGCUUGCCCAACAGGCAGGAAGGUGAGUUUGUGAAGCAGGUAGUCAAGGACCUUCUCGGCGCAUUGAAGAAGGCUUUUUUGGUAGUAUCUGACUGCCUGGUUGGAGUCGACGAUCAUGUGGGUGAAAUUAUGCGAAUGAUAGGCACUCAGAUACAAGAAACACGGAUCGUCGGAAUCCACGGAAUGGGUGGUGUUGGAAAGACAACUCUCGCCAAAAUCAUCUACAAUCAACUCUCAGCCGAUUUCGAGGAUUGCUGUUUCCUCUCCAACAUUCGAGAAACUUCGGAGCUUCACGGUAUUGAGCGGGUGCAGAGUCAGCUCAUCUCUGAUGUUCUGAAACAGAAGGGGACCGACAUAAAAAAUAGCCCUGAAGGGAGUAAGAUAAUCAAAGAAAGGCUGUCAAGUAAGAGGGUUCUUCUUCUUCUCGACGAUGUCGACCAAAAGAUUCAACUGAAUGCGCUUAUGGGCAAGCGCGACUGGUUUGGUGAAGGAAGCAAGCUUAUAAUUACGACUAGAAACAAAGACAUUCUCAACGGUUUCGAAGUGAAUUAUCGUUAUGAUCUUACUUGUAUGAAUGAUGACCAAUCUAUUCAACUUUUUAGUAGACAUGCCUUCAGAAGAGAUUGUCCGUUGGACGAGCAUGCCACCCUCUCCCAAAAGGCAGUGGACAUUGCUGGAGGCCUGCCUCUUGCGCUUGAGAUUAUAGGUUCACUUUUAUCAUGCACCCGUAAAGAUAUGUGGGAUGCUAAGCUGAAGGCGUUUGAAAGGACUCCACGUGAAGUUCAGAGCAAGCUGAAAGUAAGUUAUGACGCAUUGGAUGAUCGGCAGAAGUAUAUCUUCCUCGACAUAGGUUGUCUAUUUAUUGGAUGGGACAUCGAUACUGUGAUUCAUGCGUGGGAUGAGUCGGAGUAUUCCCCGGAAGAAACGAUAGAAAUUUUACACCACAUGUCUCUGAUAAAGAUUCAAAAAGAUAAAAAGCUGUGGAUGCAUGAUCAUCUAAGAGACCUCGCCAGAGAAAUCACUCGGCAGGAAUGUAAAAGGCGAUAUGCGAACCAGCGCAGGGUGUGGGAUCACAAGAAAGCAUUUGAAUUGCUAAAGACACGCAAGGAAAAAGGAAAAGUUGAAGCUAUUUGUCUAAAGUUUGACCAUCGGCAGGAUUACCGUUUUACAUGCGGAGACUUCUCUAGACUACCAAAUCUGAGGUUCCUCCAUGUUGAUAGUCUAAACUUGCCCGAACACGUCCUGGAAAACUUUCGUGCGCAAUGUAGGCUUUCGUGGCACAAUUUGCCAUCCAAGGCUGUUCAGAGGUCAGGUCUCCUGCCAAAGCUGCAAUGGCUCUCUUGGCAUAAUUAUCCUCCAAAAUUUGAUAUAACCAAAUUUUCCUUGGUAAAUCUAGCCAUUCUUGAUCUGUCGUGGAGUAAACUGACGGACAGUUGGGAUGGUUGGAGUCACAUAGAGAUGGCGAAGAAUUUAAAAGUGCUGAAUCUGACUGGUUGCACACGCUUGAAGAAAACUCCUGACUUAUCUGCAAAUGUGAAUUUAGAGAGAUUGAUCCUAGAGAAAUGCAAAAUCUUGGAAGAAAUUGAUAGGUCUAUCAGUCAGUUGCGGCACCUAGUAUUAUUAAACCUCAAUUUCUGCAAGAAACUCCGCUACAUCCCAAAGGAGCUUGGCGAUAUGGAGUCUUUGAAACUCUUGAUUGCUGGGACGUCGAUAGAGGAUAUGCUCGAAAGUCAAGUUGAUACGGGAGCAUCAAGUCCUAUGGAACAAAUUUCCCCCCCAUAUGAUGUUUCGUCGAGCAGAAAAGCCCAAAUCUUUUUCCGGCAAGCAAAGGCCCAUUUCCACAACAAGUUGAUUCGAUGUGGGUUGAAGAGGUGAUUUUAUAGGGAAGUUGCCGGUUCAAUAGGCUAGUCGUCGAUGACUACCAAAAUGUCGAUUUACAAGUUUGUUGUCGACUUCGAGUCUACUAAUCGACUAUCUAGCGACUGGAGGCUGCUCUUGUCGAUUUCUAUUGUUGUUUGUCGAUCUUCCAAGGUGGCUGUUCGGCUAUGCAGACCGAUGGAUGAA